AAGUGCUUGGCUCAGUUCAGUUGCGAAUUUCAUACAACGCGAGACGGUUGCCUUUUUUGCCUCCGAGCGGCGUUGGGUUCUGUCAAAGCCGAAAACUCUGUCGAAAAGUAGCUAAACUUCAUUUCGAUUCCGCAAUCGAAUUCGCAAAAAACAAAACUAAACUCACCAGGAAAAAAAAGAAGUUUCGCGAUUAGGCGGAAAUUAGUCAAGCAAAUAAUUAUUUAACUCAGUCGGUGUGUGUUCGAGUUUCUGCAAUUUUCAAGUGGAAAGUGACUUGAAUUCCCAGCAUUUGGAGUAUUAUACUGUGCACUGCAACAAAAUGAUCGAGAGGCGCAGCCAGUUGGAUAAGAUAAUCAUCACGGCCAUGGACCGAUUCGUUUGGUUCGUCCUGCUGGUGGUAAUGUCGCACCUGGUCACUGAGUUUACACGUGUCUCGGGCUACGCGCGGGGCCAGCGUCACGAGCUGGUUCUCCUAAACGAUACACUGCUCCAACCGAUGCCCGUUCAAAACAUGCUCCUUUACCCCGGCCAGGACUACGGACACUACCCGCAACAGCAUCCAUCCUCCGCUGCCGCUGCCUCCUCUCCAGUAAACAGCUUGCAACAAAAUGCGGCACUAUUGCUGAGCAGCCUGGCGGCCGGGGCGGCAGCGGGAGUGGGAACCGGAGCAUCUGCAGCGACCAGUGCGGUUCCCGGCAGCAACGGGGCCAUCCUGGCCCUGGGCGAUACCCAACCCGCUCACACGGCAGAGAGCACAUACCCGGUGUUCAGUUUGCGCCCGUUGAUCGACAGCAUUUUCGAGAUUCCGAUUUCGACGCUGCGCGCUGUCAACAAUUUGGUGGGUCGACUGACCGGCAGCUAUCGUCAUGCCCCGGGCCCGGAAGUGUCGCAGAAGUCCGUGGCAGCCGGCACAGCCCUGCCCACGGGCAGAGCGGCCAGCCCACUCUAUGCCCCCAAUCCGGAUCCCCACCCCGAUUUGCAGCGUAGGCAAAUGCGCGAGGAGAUGGCGUAACUUUUGGGGUCCAAUUUAGUCAGUAAUUUUCGAGUGAAUGUUGUAAUUAUGUUUCAGUGUAUGUUGAAUGUGUUUUUGGGUGUGCAUUUACUUUGUUUGUUUGACCUUUGUGAUAUAUGUGAGCCUUUUUUAAGCCUAGCUUAAGAAUAUUUAUGUCUAAA